AUGGCGGAAGCAAAGGCAUCGCUGAUACAGGUGCUCACUCUUGCAUCAUCUUCCGACCCCUCUCAGCUCUCAAGAGCCAACUCUCAGCUCGAAGAGUGGGAAAAAGAUCCUAACUUUUGGCUUGUGCUCCUCCAAAUUGCCUUUGACACCGAGCUCCAACUAUGCUCUUCAUCUUCAGUUGCAACGGCGCAAGAACAAAUAGACUCGGUUCGAAUCUUAGCUAUUAUCCGCUUCAAGAAUGGGAUUGAUAAGUUCUGGAGGAGCCGUGUCCUGGCUCGCGUCACCGUCACCAUCCCAUCCGAUACCAAGCAGGCGAUAAGAAACAUGUUGUUGCAAUGUCUGCGCGAACCCAACCGUACCAUCGCAUUGCAGGCCUCAGUAUCCAUCUCCAGAAUCGCCCGUCUCGAUUAUCCGCGCGAUUGGCCCGACCUCUUCACCACCCUGCAACAGGCAAUGGUCGAAGCACAUGCAGCCCUUGCUUCCCUUGGACCAGCUCCCCAGCUCGAUUAUCCCGAAAACCCCGCCACUGCCCGCGCACGCCAGCUCAACACCACUGUGCUCAUGCGUGCAGCUGACGUCUGCUCAAAGACACUCAAGGAGCUCGAAUCGGUUCGCGUAUUGGCCGGCAAGAUGCGCAUGACCGAGCUCUCGCGCGAGCUGCUCCCUGUGCUCCACCCCAUCUUUCAACAGUAUUUCUCGGAAGUAUUCCUAUUGAGUACUGGAGAUGAUCUUGACAAGCUAUCUGCAUGGUCUAAAACCACUUUGCGCGCUGAGCAAGUGCGCACCAGUCAUCUUCUGCUCAAAGCCAUCUCGCGUCUGGCUGUUGCAGACAUCGGCAUGAUUUCUAGGUCCAGCACGUCUCAGGGUGGCACAUCGGCAAACAUGGCUCAAGCUUUCUUUCGUUCAACACCGCACUGCUUGCAGACGCUCAAAGACACCAGACUCGCGUAUUUGCGCUUGCUUCGAAGCUCACAGUCAUCAACCACUCCAGCGCCAAUGUCGGCCGCUCUGCUCACGGCGCUCACCAAGCACCUCUAUUCUUUUGGCAAAUUCUUUCUUUCGCUCGUCCAGAGAGACAAUGGCAAAGCCGCCUUCUGGGACGGCUGGUCAGAGGUGGUUGCUUGGUACUGGGUACAGGCCAAGAAUGUCAAUCACGAAAGCCUCUCUGUCCCACGCGAUCAGUACGCUAACCACUCGGCCAUCAUCGACUAUCCACCUCGCUUCGUCGUACAAGCACUUGUGCUGCUCAAGUAUUCGCUCGUACACUGGAAAGGCAACCGUCCUGAGGCCGGUUUCUUCUUAACCCAUGACUUUGCACGAGAAGCUGCCGAUGUUCUCGCAGGUAGACUCGUGCGUCUCAAUUCUGACGACCUGGAGCGCUGGCAGGCCGAUCCGGAAGAAUGGGCCGUAGGCGAAGAACAGGAAAAUGCCGAGCUCGAUAUUCGACCCGCCGCAGAGCGUGCACUCCUGGUGUUGGCGCAGCACACCAAACCUGCCGGGUUCGUUGGUGAACACCUUUGGCGACACUUUGAAUCGACGUCAAGCUUUUCCACCGACAAUCUGGACGAUAUUCUGGCGCGCGAUGCCUUCUACGCCGCUGUCGGCAGGUGCCGUGAUUAUCUCGGCCCAGUGGGCGAAGAUGACGAUCGUCCAAACAUCCAUGUGCUCAUGGGUCAGGCUAUCACAUCCAAGCUCGUACCCGAAGCUCGUCUCGGCAGCGUCAGCUCACCCAUGUGGGUCGUCAUCCGUCGCAGGAUCGCAUGGUUGCUCUGGGAAUGGUCCGAGCAGGUGCCACGAGAAGCGCGACUAGACGUCUACGCGCUUCUGGUAGAUUUGCUCGAAGACAUUCCAGAUCAGACGGAUGUCGCCGUGCGACUUGCUGCGGCCAGAUCCAUCUCGGCGAUCGCCGAUGCUCUCGAGUUCGAUGCCGACGGCUUCCAGCCGUUCCUCCCCAAAGCGUUGCGUAAUCUCGCCACGUUGGCGGCUGCCUCGGAACUGCACGAGAUGGAGUCGAUCAAAGUGUGCACCGAUGCACUUUCGAUCCUAAUCGAGCGCAUGGGUGCUCGUAUUGCCCCACACGCCGAUGCACUCGUUGACCUCGUACCCAUGCUUUGGCAGCAAGACGACCCGGACUGUAAGGCAAGACCUUCGAUCAUCGUCUUCAUCUCAAAGGUGCUGCGUGCCAUCGAGAUGCUGCCCGCUACGGGCACCAGCGGUGCUCUGAUGCAAAAAGUUCAUCACAUGAUAUCACCCAUUGUGCGCGAUUCUCUCAACCCCAAGGUGUCGCAUUUGCUCGCCAAAGAUGCGAUAUCGAUGCUUUGGAUUCGAGCGCUUCACUCGACGCCGAGCAUGACGCAACCGCUAUUCGAACUGCUCGAUCUAGCCAAGGAUUUGGUGGUUCAGCCCGAUUACUGCGUCGAGAUGUGCCGCGUUAUCGAGGAGAUUUCCAUGCUGAACCCACUCGAGAUGCUUCAGACUUAUGGGCAUGAUCUGCUGACUGCUUUUGGGCAAAUUAUUGCAGAUCCAUCGAAUUCGAUGGUGCUUGCGCCAAUAUCUGCGCUCGAUACGCUGAUGCAAUCGUUGGUCGCAUUGCCAAAUUGGAUCGAGGUGCGUGAAAUGUGGAUUGACGCGCUCGCAUCUACUCGGCUUGCUGCGGCGCUUGUCGGCUCGCUUCUGCACUUCUCGGACGCUACCUUGAUCGCCACGCAUUUUGUCUCGCUACUCUGCCGUAUCGCUUAUCACUGUCCGGACGAUACGUUCAUUCGUCUCGUGUUGGCAGCAUGGUCGCAUAUGUCGCACGAAAAGUUUUCUACGCCAGCAUCGAUCUGGCAGCCGCUGCUCAACUUGAUCUGCACGCGCUUUGAAAACAUGGCUUCUCCGCGCAAACGCCGUGUCACGGCUCUGGGACUUGCUUCGAUUCUCGAUGGUGCCAUUGUGUUCUACGAACAGCAGCAGACGUCGACCGAUACGAGUUGGAGUGUAGUGGUGCAACAAGUGGUCGAGUGUACGCCGGAGCUCAUUGCGCUAUGGUCGGAGAUGCUGGCGGAGAUCAAUGAAUCGCGUCCGCUCGAGAUGGGCAGGUAUCAGAGACCGACGUCGCCGAUUGCGUCGAUGGAUUUCGCCGAUGUGUUUUUCGACGACGACCAAGAAGAUGGUGGGUGGUUACAGGAUAUCUCGCCGGGAGCGGCGCGCGCGCAGACAGUCGCCAGCGCCGAUGGCACGUUAACGAUCAAGUUGAACGAGCAUGUCAGAAGCGUGCUAGCACAUGCACAGGCGAGCUACCCGUCUUUUGAGCGUAUUCUGCAUUCCAUGGAUCCACUCAUCCUCGACAUGUUCCAGCACGAUCUCAUGUCUUGA